AUAGAUGAAGGUUUGCCUAUUUUACCAUUCACUGAAUUAUGCCGAGAGACUUCAACUCGAAUCAAAUUAUGAUGUUCCAUGAUUCUCGACCGGCUCGAUCGAACUAGCUGUCAAAGGAUCCGACUAUCCAGAUCAGCACCACAAAUCAAGCAGAUGAACCCCAUUCCUCAAUUUCUAGACAAUCACUUGUAAUUCCAAAAAAAAAAAAGGUCUCAAUCUUUCAUCCUCAAAUUUCAACUCGGCCGAAUGGAUGGACCUUCGAAGUCAAUGACCCCGGGGUCAUCGUUGGAAUUAUCACUGAAGAAAAUGCUUUAUCAUCAUCGGACCAGUGUAUCAGCUGCUAUCUCAUCAAUGCUCGCGACCAUGGCGGCCUUCCCACUGGAUUCCAUCAAGUCUCGACUCCAAGUGAACAGAUAUGAUUCGGUGAUGGAUUGUGUAAAGAAGACGUAUGUAGAAGAGGGUCCCAAAGGCUUUUAUCGGGGAAUAGCCAUCCCAAUGCUCACAAUCACGAUUGUGCGGACGUUAAGCUUCACAAUUUACAAUGACACCAAGCAGUUUUUACAUCAACGCCAACUGGUAUCCAGCUUCUCUGCGCGUGACAUUGCACUCUCAGGAUUAGCUGGAGGAAUGUCGUCUGGGUUCUUAAUUUCUGUUGGAUCCUGCGCAUUCGAAUUGGUCAAAAUCCGGUCACAAUUAGAGUCCGCUAUCGCUGCCAAGCAAAGUCGACCCUUGAAGAAUAUCAACACUUGGCAGGGCGCAAGAGAAAUCAUCAGUUCACAUGGGCUAAAAGGUCUGUACUACGGCUUCAAUCUACACUGUCUACGGGAUACGCUCGGCACAGGGCUAUAUUUCCUGGGAUACGAUACAGCACGGUUUUUUGCUGAGAAGAAAAUCGACGAGAUUGAGUAUAGAAGGUCUUUGGAGCCAACUUCUGAUUACGGGUUCGUCUUACCAAGAUCGGCUUUGCCAUUCUUGUGUGGUUCGACUUGUGGUGUGACCAGCUGGUUCAUAAUUUAUCCGUUAGAUGUCGUCAAGAGUAGAUUACAAAGAGAUGCAUUAGCAAGUUCAAUAGUCACAACUAACUCAACCCAUAAUUCACAGAGCAUGAAUGGCCAACAGGCAAGAUUAUCAACAACAAAAAACUCGUUUGGAUUCAAAGCUGCAUUUCACCUAUUUCAACAAUUAAUCAGCAAAUCUAAUGGAGGCGGAAUCAAAGUUUUAUAUUCUGGAUUGUCGAUCUCUGCAUUUAGGAGCUUCUUUCAACAUGGUGUCAUGUGGACUAUUUUGGAGAGUGUUCGGAAUCAAAUCAAACUCUCGUGUGAAACUUAACACUCCAUCUGGAACAAGAAAAAACCCCAAGCAUCUUUGUUUUUCUGCCUUUUAUCUUCGUUCAGUACACUAUAAUAAUAUAAUAAUCAAAUCAUUAUGUUUUGCUCUUCCAACCAGCUCCCUUUUCCCUCCUGUAUCCUUCUUUCUGCAGAUUUCAUCGCUUCCCUCCCCCCUCAAAUGAUAGUAUUUUGGCCAUCUCUUAAUUUCUCUCUUAUUUAUCCCAACCGGUUUAGUGGGUGUGGAAGGCAAUUCAGUUCAAACCUGGUUAUUUGUGCUGCUG